CUAGCAUCCGCCGACUCCUCCAUCUCAUCUCCCUUCCAUUCUCUAGGUUGUUCUGCAUUAUUCUUUAUCCUUUCAUUCUUUCUUUUUCAUUCUUCUUCAAUUCCUAUCCCAUCUUCGUCGCCGUCAUUCGCAGAUCCCUUGAUUACCAUGGAUAGAAGAGGUGAAAAUUCUGAAGAUUCAAAGAAAUGAAAUUGGGGCAGUGGCUGAUUCAUUGGCGUGAUGAUAUGAAAUUGGGGCAGUGGCAAUAUUGGGGCAGUGGCAGUUGAUUUGUUAGUACAUUUUUGAAAUACUGGCUUGGUUUUAUAGAGUAGAUUAGAUGCCAUGUAUAUGUUUUGUCCAGAAGUGAUUGUAUAUGUUUCUGGAUUUGAGAUUUAAUGCGGAGCUGCCAUGUGUAUCCCAGUAUUCUUAGCCAUAGGAUCAAAAAAUUGGCGGGAAAAUUGAUGCAUGAAAUUGGAACUGAUUUUCCAUCAGCUUUUAUAUAUAUAGUAGAUGUGUAAAAGUGCCGAAUUUUCUUGAUUUCGCCGGCGUUUCUUGAAAUUGGGCCGUUGUGUGCAUAAUAAUAAUAAUAAUAAUAAUAAUAAUACGAGAUGAGAUGAGGGGGGAGGGGUCAUGGAUGGGAAGGGUAAUUUGGGAAUCUGGCAUGACAAUGGCUAGAUUCGUCGUCCUUCUUGUUGUUGUUUUUCUGACCGCUUUGGUUUCCAUUGAUUCCGGUUGGAAGCUUUCUGGGGGCCAUUUAGGUCAUUUGGAUGUUCAAAAGACAGACAAACAUUCGGCAGAACAGGUGUGGAUUCUUUGUAUGAAACAAUUGCAAGAGAAUCCCAAAGAAGGUUCCCAUUUUCGGCAUCCAUCCGAGGGAAGUCAUAGUUCUGUAAGGACUCACAAAACUUUGUCGGCGAAAAGAACAUUAUGGGAGGUUAAAGAGAAGCAAAUUCCUUUGGGCUGCAUACUUGAUGAAAACCCCUCUUUACAUGAUGAGCUUGACUCUCUGUUUAUCAAGUACAAAGAUUUUACGCCGAGGAGAUCUCUGAGACAUAAAAAGAAGAACAAGCGCGUGUCUUUGCGUACUUCUGCUCCAUCUCCAGUCCCAUCAUCUCAUCCUGCUCAUGUUGGCUCUCAUCACUCUCCUUCUCAAUCCAAACAAGUUCUUAAACCUCAUUCACAGUCUGCAACUCAAAAUCUCCCCCUUGACAAGCUCUCUCGUCCAUUUUUCGUUUCCCUUCACACUUCUCCACACAAACCACCAAACCAUCUUCUCCAGCUACAGAUUGUUACUCCUGACCUAUCAAAUGCUCUCCCAAAGUCACCAAAUGAUCUCCCAAAGUCGCCAAAUGAUCUCCCAAAACCACCAAGUGCCCUCCCAAAACCACCAAAUGCUCCGAAAACUCCGAGUGCUCCAAAGCCACCAAAUGCUCCAAAACCACCGAGUGCUCCAAAACCACCAAAUGCUCUGAAACCACCAAGUGCUCCAAAACCACCGAGUGCUCAAAAACCACCAAGUGCUCCAAAGCCACCAAAUGCUCCGAAACCCCCGAGUGCUCCAAAACCUUUCAGUCCUCCAAAACCACCAAGUGCUCCUGGGAAGCCAAAAAAUGCCACACCAGAAAAUAAUGAUGAUAGAAGAACAUUUAGGAUAGCUGCCAUUGCUGGGUCCACCAUGGCAGCAUUUGCCUUUGUGGCUCUAUUCUUGAUUUGCUGCCUUAAGAAAAGAGAGGAUAAUGGUGGGCAACGAGAUGGAAGACCUCUUCUUAAGAAUAGCACUGGUUCUUCACAAAACACUCAGAGCAUAAGCAGUUCUAGCAAUAAAGAUUCCCAGACUUCGCUCAAUGUGAGUAAUCUCUCUGGUGGAAACAGUUCAUCAGGAACCAAAACUAUGGGUCACGAAGCUACUGUGAACCUUCAAGCAUUACCGCUUCCUCCAGGAAAAUCUGCUCCACCUCCACCCUCUCCAUCACCACCAGUACCGCCACCACCUAAACCUCCAGCUCCAAAAGCCCCUCCCCCUCCGAAAGCUCGCCUUCCUCCUAACCCACCUAAGCCAGGUGCCCCCAAGUCUUCGCCUCUAGGACCACACCGCAGAGGGCAAUCUUCUGGAAGUGAGGGAAGUGAAACCGGAGGAGGGUCUCCCAAGACUAAACUAAAGCCUUUUUUCUGGGACAAGGUCAAUGCAAGUCCCGAUCACUCAAUGGUUUGGCAUGACAUUAAAGCGGGUUCUUUCCAGUUUAAUGAGGAAAUGAUGGAGUCAUUGUUUGGGUACUCUCCAGCAGAGCAAAACAAAAAUGAGCGCAAGAAAGAUUCGUCUUUGAGUUCUACUCUGCAGUAUAUUCAGAUAAUUGAGGCUAAGAAGGCACAAAACCUAGCUAUACUUCUUAAAGCAUUGAAUGUGACAACUGAGGAAGUCUGUGAUGCACUAAGAGAAGGUAAUGAGUUACCACCUGAGCUCAUUCAGACUCUUUUGAAGAUGGCACCAACAUCAGAUGAAGAACUUAAAUUGAGGUUAUAUGCUGGGGAAAUUUCUCAGCUUGGCCCUGCAGACCGCUUCCUAAAAACUAUUAUUGAGAUACCCUUUGCCUUCAAAAGGAUGGAAUCGUUGUUGUUCAUGAUUAAUCUUCAAGAAGAAGUUUCCUCCGUCAAGGAGUCCUUUGCAACCCUAGAGGUGGCAUGUAAUGAGCUAAAAAGCAGCCGGCUCUUCCUGAAACUUCUAGAAGCUGUUCUAAAAACCGGGAACCGCAUGAAUAAUGGGACUUACCGAGGCGGUGCCCAAGCUUUCAAACUUGAUACUCUCUUGAAACUCUCAGAUGUGAAAGGAACUGAUGGCAAGACCACACUCCUACAUUUUGUUGUUCAAGAAAUCAUUAGAUCCGAAGGCAUAAGAGCUGCCCGUCGAUUAAGGGAGAGCCAUAGUAUGUCCAGUGUAAAAACCGAAGAUCUUGUAGAGGAUUCCCAACAUGAAUCCAGGGAGUAUUAUAGAACUCUCGGCCUUCAAGCAGUCUCCGGUCUCAGUGAUGAGCUUAAGAAUGUGAAAAGGGCAGCCGUCAUAGAUGGUGACAGCCUAACACAGUCAGUGUCAAAACUUGGGCAUUCACUCCUAAAAGCCAAGGAGUUUUUAAACAAUGAGAUGAUGAGUUCAGAGGACGACAGUGGGUUCUCAGAAACGCUGACUAACUUCUUGGAACACGCAGAAGGGGAAAUCCCUAUGCUGCUGAACGAAGAACAAAAGAUUAUGGCUUUGGUAAAGAGCACGGGAGAUUACUUCCAUGGGAGUUCAGGAAAAGAUGAAGGAUUGCGUCUCUUUGUGAUUGUCCGCGACUUCUUGAUAAUGUUGGACAAGGUAUGCAACGAGGUUGAAAAGACAGCAAAGUCAAAGGUUAAGGUUCCAGCAAAGGAACUGACAUCAUCAACCUCAACAACUCGUUCACAAGAUUCACAAACGGAUCCUUUGCCUGAUGUUGUUCGCCAACACCUAUUCCCAGCAAUAACAUCACGGAAGAUUGACGAUGAUUUCAGUUCAGAUGAAGAGAGUUCGUCUCCUUAAGCUGCUUCUGGUUAAAGGGUCUACAACAAAUUUGUUGGCUGGUGAAUUAAUCUAACUUUUAGCACAACAUUAGCCUUCAUUUGUAUAUAAUGUAUAUAUGUUGUUUCAAAGGUGUUUCCUAUUUACUCUUGAAUGUUUAGGUGAAUGAGAAAUCUGGGAAUCUAUAUACACAGCAGGGGAAGGUAGUAUGCAACAGAAUGGUUUAUCCUUCGUCCAUGUAAAUUCAUACUUGGUUGUCACCCUACACAGCUCCAAUGUAACAAUGUAGCCACAGUCGUAUAUCUUUCUCUAUCAAACGCUUAAUAAAUAUGUGAUGUUAUA